AUGGAUAAGGGAAAUUUGAAUGGUGUUAUCUUUCUUGACUUAAAAAAAGCAUUCGAUUGUGUUGAUCAUGGUAUUCUAUUAAGAAAACUUUAUAAUUAUGGAAUAAGAGGAAAUUCAUUUCAAUGGUUCCAGUCCUAUCUCUCUGAUAGAGUACAAAUGUGUAAAGUUAACCAAACAUUAUCUAACAAAAGAAUCGUUAAAUGUGGUGUGCCACAGGGCUCAAAUCUUGGCCCAUUAUUGUUUUUAUUAUAUAUAAACGAUCUUCCAAAUUGCUUGUCUUCAUCGGCUGCUAGCAUGUUUGCCGAUGAUACAAAUAUUUCUACACAUGGCUCAUCAGCGGCAGAAAUUCAGGAACAACUAAACCAUGACUUAGACAACAUACACCAAUGGUUGCUGGCUAAUAAGCUUACUUUGAAUAAAGAAAAGACCGAAUAUAUGGUAAUUGGGUCUAGACAAAGAUUAUCUAAAGUAUUAAAUGAGCCGGAAAUCCACGUAGGCGAAACAACAAUUAAACGA